AUGCCGAUUUGGCCACACAUGCUCACCCCCAGUGAUCUAGUUCUCAACAAAAUCGCUUUUCAAUACUAUCCCCUUGACCUGAGUGCGACUUCCAAUCCAUUCUUAAUAUCCUGGUGGCCACUGGCGCUAGGGGACCCAGCGCUGUUUCACGUGUCUCUGCAGACUGCAUGUCUCGAUGAAGAGCUUCUCGCCCGAAAGGGCUUUCAGUCAUCCGAACUUCUCAUGGCAGACUCGGUAGCUCUGCUCCGGCGAAAGGUGGAAGACGUCUCCCUCGCUAUGCAGGAUGGGACCAUGAACUCUGUCAUCACGUUGGCAACCAUUGAAUUUGGCAAGGGCAACGUCAAGAUUGGCCGAAUGCACGUGGAUGGGGUCAAGAAACUAGUUGACUUGAGAGGUGGCAUCAAUUCAGUCAGACAGACCAGUCCGCUUACUGCCAGGAUGGUCAGCUGGGUAUCGAUGCUCAUUAUGGGUCACCCUCAGUUUGAAACGCAAGACGAUUACGGAAUCGGGGAUGGAAUACCACCAAUUCCAGAAUGGCAAUUAGGACCGACUGCCAACUGCGAAAGUGGAUUCGAUGUCAACGCCCUUGACAUUGAUCCUGCGGUUCGGAACGUAUUCGUCCGCCUUCGCAACGUUAUGCAGCGCGCGCAGCAAGUGCCGUUCUCAACCACUCAGAUACACGACCUCACGUGCUUCGUGGUUCAUCGGCUUUUACUCUCUAGCACAGCAACGCCCCUCAUUUCGCCGAUCACAGAAAGUAUUCGAUGCGCGAUUAUACUAUACAUGUUCAUCGUUCAGGGGCCGACCUACUACACACACGCAGUCAUAUCCAACACAAUCGUCAUUCGACUCAUUGAGCACUUCAGAUAUCUUGCACCGCCUACCCACGUUUUUGACUCUCUUGAUGUGUGGCUAACUGCUGUCGGCAUGGUUGCAUCGACGGACACAGACCAUCAUCAAAGCUUCGUGGAAAGGGCACGUGAGAUCGCAAUCUCACUCCAACUCAAGAGUUUCCAGGACGUAAUGGUGCAUAUCAAGAGCGUUAUUUGGUUGGAAAAGCACCAUAUUGAAGAGAUAUUCCUUUCUCACUGGGAUAUCAUAUUCAAUCUUGCAGAAACCACCGCAUCACCAUACCUCCUCACCUUCAGUGCUUCGCCAGAUAUGACAGGUGCGACAUUUAUAUGA